UGUGGGAAUCAUGGCGUCGUACAGCAAGCUGUCAGAUCUUUUCACCAUACAGAGCCAGCUAGACUAUGCUUUAGAGGACGCGGCGACUCAAAAAGAGAAGGAAAAUCUCGUAUAUCAGUAUCUGCACAAAAUAGACGAAAAAGACGAUUUGAUUAUACCGGAUUUUGAAGAAGGACUGGAAUGGUUGAACACAGACGCCGCACUGUCACUCAGGAAAGACUUGUCUGGCAAAGUGGUGGUGCUUGACUUCUUCACCUACUGCUGCAUAAACUGCAUGCACCUACUUCCUGAUCUACACCAGCUGGAGCAAAGUUACACCAUAGAAGAUGGUCUGGUUGUCGUAGGUGUGCACUCGGCUAAAUUUCCCAAUGAGAAAGUCCUACAGAACGUACGCAGUGCGGUGCUGAGAUACGACAUCACCCAUCCCGUGGUGAACGACAGCGAUGCACGUCUGUGGCAGGAGCUGGAGGUGUCAUGCUGGCCCACCCUAGUGGUGCUGGGACCCAGGGGAAAUCUGCUUUUCUCCCUCGUGGGUGAAGGCCAUCGAGAACAGCUCUUUCUUUUCACUGCGGCCUCCCUGAAGCACUAUAAACAACAAGGGCUGCUCAAGGACCAUGAUGUGGGGAUCAAACUAUAUAGAGACUCCCUGCCUCCCUCCAUCCUCUCUUUCCCUGGGAAAAUAGCCAUGGACCCCAGCAGCAAGCGGUUAGCUAUUGCCGACACAGGACACCACAGGGUACUGGUGGUCUCCAAUACUGGGCAGCUGCUGCACACAGUAGGGGGUCCCUCAAGUGGGAGACGAGAUGGAAAUUUCUCUGAGGCGCAGUUCAACUCCCCACAAGGGGUGUUCAUAAAGGGAGACACAGUCUACGUGGCUGACACUGAGAACCACCUUGUUAGAAAGAUCAACCUUUCAGAAGAAAAAGUCUCGACCUUAGCUGGCAUUGGCGUUCAAGGCACAGAUAAAGAAGGUGGAGCUCUGGGACCACAACAGCCAAUCAGCUCUCCCUGGGAUGUUGCUCUUGGCAACACAGGUGGUGAUAUAUUGUGGAUAGCCAUGGCAGGAACGCAUCAGAUCUGGGCUCUCUUCCUGGAGGACGGGAAGCUUCCCAAAGGGAGCGACAGCAAAAAAGGAACAUGCGUGCGCUUUGCAGGCAGUGGGAAUGAGGAGAACAGAAAUAAUGCGUACCCUCAUAAAGCGGGCCUGGCCCAGCCGUCAGGCCUGGCUCUUGCCCCGACUGAGCCCUGGGAGUGUCUCUUUAUCGCUGACAGUGAGAGCAGCACCAUUCGUAGCCUUUCGCUGAAGGAUGGCGCAGUCAAACAUGUGGUGGGGGGAGAGAGAGACCCUCUGAAUCUGUUCGCUUUUGGAGACGUUGAUGGUAAAGGCAUAGAUGCAAAACUGCAGCAUCCAUUGGGAGUGUCCUGGGAAGAGGGCAACAGUCUUCUCUAUGUAGCCGAUUCGUACAAUCACAAGAUCAAAGUGGUAGAUCCGAAAACUAAGCAGUGCAGGGUGCUUGCAGGCACAGGGAAUGCUGGGAACGGACUUGGCCCGAGCUUUCUGGAGUACAGCUUCAACGAACCUGGAGGCUUGUGUCUGGGUGAAGGAGGAAAGCUGCUGUAUGUGGCGGACACCAACAACCACUGCAUCAAAGUCCUGGACCUGGAGACCAAAACUGUCUCUUUGUUUCCGAUUGUAGUUCCGCACGAGGUUGAUGCUGUCAAAACCACAAGCAGCACACCUGCAGUCAGAAAGCUUCCCAAGCUUCCCAAAUCAGCCCCUGUCCUUACGAUGCCAUCAAUCGCAGUUUCUUCAGGACAGUCAGUGACUCUUUUGCUGAAAUUGGCACUUCCGCCUGGGACCAAGCUCACCGAAGAAGCCCCUAGUUUCUGGAGCUUAUCUGCAGAAGGUAAUGAGUGGUUACUGGAAGAGCGAGCUGUGACGGGGAGCAUCAGUGAUCUCUCUGAACCGGUCUCGAUCGUCUCAUCCAUCCCAGCGGCCCCUGUGGCCCGAAACCCCACACUGACGCUCGACGCCUGGGUCUACUGCUGCCUUUCUGAGGGCGGGGCUUGUAUGAUGAAGGCAGUGUCCUUUAAACAGCCUUUUCUGAUUGGCUCUACAUCUCCGGAAGGUUCUGUUGCCGUGACGCUGGAGCAUGCCUUUUAAAAUAAGCGUCCACCCAAAGGAUCUUGGAGCACAUCUAAAGGGAUACUUUACCAAAAAAUUUAAUUCUGUCCCCGUUUACUCAUCCUAAAAUGUUGUUCCAAAACUGUCUGAAUUUCUUCAGUGAAGCACAAAAGAAUGUUUUGAAGAACGCUGACAAUUUUUUUCCUUAUAAUUCUGCAAAAAAGAGUUAAGCUAAACUUCAUCUGUUACAAGUAUAUAUAUCUCACAAAUUGCUGUUUUCUCACUAUUCUGGGGGGUAACGUCAGGACUGUGAGAAAAGUUUCAAUUGUGAGAUACAACCUUAGUUGCGGUGGGGAGAAAAAGGUCAAAAAACGGUGGAAAAAAAUUAUCUGUUUAUUUUUGUAUCCUGCCAGUGAAAACAAGUCAAUUUUUGACCCCGCUGACUUUCAUUAUAUGGACAAAAAUAGAUUUUUCCUUCCAUAGAAGAAAAACAGAACGACGUGAGGAUGAGCAAAUGAUUUUUUAGAUGAAUAUCCUAUUAACAUUCAAAUCACAUCCUGCGGUUAACACAUACUGUAGUAAUCAGACACUUCACAUGCUCGUCAUCAGGCUAAUCAGACAGAUUGCAAAUACUAAUUGUAGAGUCAGGAUCUGACUGUUAAAUCUUGACAAAUAUUGAACAAAGUGCCUCAUUCUCAUCAGCAAUAUUUUUUUGUGGUUCUGCUAGGGGUGUUUCACAUGAUUAAGCUUGUGUAAUGCCUUUGUCAAAUAGCCUGGUAUCAUUAUCAGCCAUCUUCAUUCAGUCACUCACAUGCUCUCGCACAAUAAUAUUUGAAAAAAAAUGCAGUGUAGUGUAAAAUGUAGCCAGUGUCAGCUGUUCUGACAGCCGUUUAUGGUUGGCUUGGCUCAUAUUAUUAUUAUUUCCCGCACUGCAUUUUUUUCUCCUAACUAUAUGAUACCGUAAGUCAGUCUUGUAAAUGUGCAGUCAGACUUAAUGUUAUUUAAUUGGAAUUAUUUAUUAUUGUUUACCAGGCUUGAGUGCCUUUUCAAUGAGCAAUACACUUUGUAUGAAUGAACUAUGUGUUGGAAAUCAAGCGGCGACAUUAAUUUCAGUGUUCAGCCUCGAACGGAAUGGAAUCAUGGGCCAUUUACAUCUACAUAUUAAUGCUUUCUGAAAGAACAGCCUCUCGGUGCUGUUAAACAUUAACAAUGGAGCUACAAUGUAUUCCUGAUACAUGAUAGAUCAUGCGCUUGCAAAUCAUGCCCAGUGUGAAUCAGACACUGUAGAAAUUUCCUCUAAAAUGGUUUUCGCUUGCUAUUCCUGUCGCAGUUCUAGCCUGUAAACUAUUUAAUAAAAACAAAAUUUAUCUCUCACUCUUUUGAGGGCAGCUCUUUUAUACAGCCUCCAAAUUCUGCACUUUAACAGAUUAAUUUGGAUGCAGUGGACUAAUAAAGUUUAUUUUCCCAGCAUUUGUGUGUUCAGCAUUUUCAUAUCCUCUUCACUACACACAAGGACCAGUGCAUUCAUUGUAAAUGACAAAAGACCAUCUGUUCCAGCAGAGAUGCUUCAUGGUGAGUUUUCUGUGGUCAUUUUUUUUUAAUUGACUUUUUUUUUUGAGGUUUGUAAAUUAAAAUUAAAUCAUAAUAAAAAUAAAGCAGGUAUUAUGCACCAA